AUGGGCAAGUCAUCUAAAGAUAAGCGCGACGCUUACUAUCGCCUCGCCAAAGAGCAAGGCUGGCGUGCCCGCAGUGCGUUCAAACUUCUACAACUGGAUGAGGAAUUCAAUCUUUUCGAAGGAGUAACUCGCGUGGUCGAUCUUUGCGCUGCACCUGGAAGUUGGAGUCAAGUUCUGUCUCGCGUGUUGAUCAAGGGUGAGAAAAUUGGACGCGCCGGCUGGGAGGAUAAGCAAGCCAGAGAAAAGCUCGAAUCGCAUGGCCAAACCACCACAUCGAUUUCGGGAUCCAGAUCCGAGCCAGAAGUAAAGCAACAACUUCAACCAAGAGAAAAUGUCAAGAUUGUGGCUAUCGAUCUGCAGCCCAUGUCACCUCUGGAAGGCAUUGUCACCAUGCGUGCGGACAUCACACAUCCCUCGACCAUCCCAUUAUUACUCAAGGCUUUGGAUCCCGAGACUUUCGACCCUACUUCUGUACAAGCAUCUCAUCCAGUGGAUUUGGUCAUCUCAGAUGGCGCGCCUGAUGUGACCGGCCUGCACGACCUGGACACAUACGUGCAAUCACAACUACUCUGGGCAGCGCUAAACCUUGCUCUGUGUGUUUUGAAGCCUGGCGGCAAAUUUGUGGCCAAGAUUUUCCGUGGCAAGGAUGUCGAUCUGCUCUAUGCGCAGCUCAAAAUUGUGUUUGAGCGAGUGCGAGUGGCGAAGCCUAGGAGUAGUCGUGCAAGCAGUGUGGAGGCAUUCGUUGUUUGCACAGGAUUCCGCCCCCCUAAGGGCUUCAAGGCCAGUCUCGAGAACCCUCUGGGUGCAGGGACACAACUGCAAGUACCAGAGGAGAUGAAGCUUGAGAAGACUCUACCAUCACGUACGCUGAGACCGGAUGGUAUCACAGAGCUAGAGCUGGGUUCUGAGGAUGAAGAGGACAGCAAGGAUAUCAGAUGGAUCGCACCCUUCUUGGCUUGUGGAGAUCUGUCGGCAUACGAUGCGGAUGCUUCAUAUCACCUACCUAAGGAUCAUGUUGUGUUGGACCCUGUGCAACCGCCAACUGCACCACCAUACAGGAAAGCACUGGAGAUGCGUAAGACAGCUGGCGGAGCCUAUGGCAAAACAAAGCUGGGUUGA